AAGAAGAAGAAGACGACGAGAAAUGCAGAUCACAAAACCACACGCCGCCAUGUUUUCGAGUCCAGGAAUGGGCCACCUCAUCCCGGUGAUGGAGCUCGCAAAACGUCUCUCGGCUAACCACGGCUUCCGCGUCACCUUAUUCGUCCUCGAAAACGACGCAGCCUCCGCUCAGUCCAAGUUCCUUAACUCAACCGACGUCGACGUCGUCAAUCUUCCUUUGCCGGACAUUUCUGAUUUAGUGGACCCCGCAGACCACGUGGUGACCAAGAUAGGAACCAUUAUGCGCGAAGCCGUCCCAGCCCUCCGAUCAAAGCUCGCUGCGAUGCAUCAAAAACCAACGGCUCUGAUCGUCGACUUGUUUGGCACUGACGCUUUGUGUCUCGCAUCUGAGUUCAACAUGUUGACGUAUGUGCUAAUCGCUUCCAACGCGCGUUAUGUCGGGGUCGCUUUAUAUUAUCCAACUUUGGAUCAAGAUCUCAAAGAGGAGCACACGGUGCAAAGAAAACCGCUUGAUGUACCGGGAUGCGAGCCGGUUCGCUUCGAAGAUACCAUGGACGCGUACCUGGUUCCGGACGAACCGCUUUACCGUGAUUUCGUUCGUCACUGUCUGGCUUACCCAAAGGCGGAUGGCAUUCUGGUGAAUACGUGGGAAGAGAUUGAGCCCAAAUCAUUAAAAUCCCUUCAAGACCCGAAGCUUUUGGGCCGGGUGGCUCGUGUACCGGUUUACCCGAUUGGUCCGUUAUGCAGACCGGUAGAAUCAUCCGAGACCGAUCACCCGGUUUUGGAUUGGUUAAACGAGCAACCAGAUGAGUCGGUUCUCUACGUCUCCUUCGGGAGUGGCGGUUCUCUAACGGCUAAUCAGCUAACCGAACUGGCGUGGGGGCUCGAGCAGAGCCAGCAACGGUUCGUCUGGGUGGUUCGACCGCCCGUGGACGGAUCGUCUUCAAGCGAGUAUUUCUCGGUUAAAGGCGACGGCAGCAGGGACAGCACGCCGGAGUAUCUACCGGAAGGGUUCGUGACUCGGACUUGCGAUAGAGGUCUCGUGGUCCCGUCAUGGGCCCCACAGGCUGAAGUUUUGGCCCAUCGGGCCGUUGGUGGGUUUUUGACCCACUGCGGUUGGAACUCGGCGCUAGAAGGCGUCGUUAGCGGCGUUCCGAUGAUCGCGUGGCCUCUUUUCGCCGAGCAGAGUAUGAACGCGGCGCUUCUCAGCGAUGAACUCGGGAUCGCCGUCCGAGCGGAUCGUUUUCCGGAGGCGAUUUCAAGGUCGGAGAUUGAGGCUAUUGUGAGGAAGGUUAUGGCGGAGGAGGAAGGUGAGGAGAUGAGGAGGAAGGUGAAGAGGCUGAGAGAUUCGGCGGAGAUGUCGUUGAGCAUCGACGGUGGUGGUUCAGCGCACGAGUCGCUUUGCAGAGUCACGGACGAGUGUGUGCGCUUUCUGGAACGUGACAGGGACUUGGCACGUGGUGCUUAGGAUUGCUUUGCCGUUGAAACUGUGUGCCAUUUUUUUCAAAAUUAGUGUUAUUUCCAUUGUAAUGAUGCUUUGGUAUUUUUUA